AUGACAAAACCUAAAAAAUAUUCCUAUAAAGAUUAUGCUCCAGACGAAGAAUUCGAACCCGAAAUACCGCUUGGACCUAGUGUUCGAGUAGGAACAAAGUUUAAACUACCCACAAUAGGAGCCUCUGCUACCCCCGUCAUUGGAAAUCUUUUUAAAAUUGGCUCUCAUGCUAUCGACCGAUUAAAAGACGCUCAUAUUGAUGCUCAAUUUAGUGCUAUUGCCACUGAAUUAGGGGACUUAAAAGAUGGUAUCGAUGGAGUUAAUGUCAAAGUUGAAGCCCAAGGCAAAGCCUUAAAAGGAGCUAUGGACGGCAUGAAAACCGAGUUAGAAGGUCAUUUAAAACAACAAGGUCAAAAAUUCGAUAAAGAAAUUAAAAACCUCGAUGCCAAAAUAGCUACCGCCCAAGGAGAAAAUCUUCGCAAGUUCGAGGAACAAAAAAAGGCAAUGGCUGCCCAAAAACAAGAACUAGAAAGCCAAAUCCAAGAAGUCACCCAAAACUUAAACCGAGUUGAAAGCCAACUCACUAAUGCCCUCAACGACUUCAAAUCCGAAGUCAACGAACGCUUUGAAGCCCAAGAACAAAAAAUCCUGGCUAACAAACGCAAAAUUGAAGAGCUUAUUUACAAAAUGCCGAAAAUAUGGGGGGAGUAA